CAUCCCCCCUUUAAGUACUUUGCAUGUUUGGAAGAUGGAUGCAAAACCAGGAGCAUCCAAAGUUAUUCAUUUCCUUGUGUUGAAUGGAGUCUUGUGUUGCCAGUCAAAUGUGCUGUUGUUUGAUCUUCUGGAACGGGUGUUAUUUUGUGUCUCAUACUGAGAGAUCAUUUCCUUUUGUUGAGAGAAGCUGGUCACAGGAUGCAUCUGUAGAUUGGAUUAAAAUCUUCCAGUGGCUGUCCUCUGGUGAAAUUUCAUAAAGCUGCCCUGAAUCUAGUCUCUACAGGAAUCAAACAUGGGAAAGAGAUCUCUCCAGGAUAAAGUCCUUAUCUUACUUUCUUGGGGUCUGGUCUUGAUGUGCAGCGCUGCAGAGCAAGACUACUUCCCUCAUUCGAAUACUAGCACCUGGGAUGAGGCCAGGACACACUGUCAGGUCUGUUUCAAAGAGCUGGUGACAGUGACUCCACAAAACAUCCAAAACAUCCAAAACCUCUCCCAGAAUCUCACCUCUGACUACUGGGUCGGCCUCCGCAAGUACUUCUACUGCACCGGCAACCGCAGUAUAUCCUGGUCCCGCUGGGCCAACGGGGAUCCCCUCAUCUUCCAGAACUGGUACCCUGGUUCACCUAGGUUUAAAUCCUUCCCAAAUUCAUACUGCUGCAGCUGCAGCUGCUCCUGCACCAACCCAGCAAUGACUACCCCAGGAAAGACGAGCUUCACCACAUUCACAAGCUUUACAACCUCAGGUGUGAGAAACACGACUGACAUGAGCAGUUUCACCGACAUCACAAACUUUACAACCUCAGGUGUGAGAAACACGACUGACAUGAGCAGUUUCACCGACAUGAGCAGUUUCACCGACAUCACAAACCAAACUGUGACUGACUUUAAUAGACUCUCGGACGCUACCACCCAAAACACUCCACCCGCUACAACACCCAGGAUGCCGGUAGAAGCAGAAUGUGUUCAAUCACCUACGCUGUCCCCGCUUGUCUCCGAGACUGAUGUAAACUACAUUGAAGACUCUUGUGUGGCCAUGCUCAGCUUUGGGGCUUGGGUUGAAAAGAAGUGUUCGGAGCUCCUGCCUUACGUAUGUUAUGACGAUCGUUUCUUGGGCCAAGUCAAUGUGACCAACAAGACGACUGAGAGCGCCUUUUUAACAUGGCAACCCGGGCCUGGUAACAUCAGCCAUUACCGCAUAGAGGUGAAAGUGGACAACAACCUAACACAAUUCACGACUUAUAAUUUGACCCAUGACCUUGUCAACCUGACAGCAGGCACCGGCUACUCAGUCCAGGUGUUCCCAGUUAAAUGUGGAAGAGAGCUCAACCCGCAGAAGGUCACCUUCUACACCGAACCGAACAAAGUGGAAAACCUCUUAGUCAUCAACGUGACAAAAACCUCUGUCUCCCUGAUGUGGGACAAACCAGUUGGAAACCUGGAUUUCUAUCUUAUUAAGGUCCAGGAUGGUCAGCAGAUCCGAAGUGACACACAGAGCAAAGAAGUCAACAGCUUGAUACCUGGAAACCUUUACACAUUCACCGUCCAUUCAGUAGUCAAUGACACAUUGAGUGAAGGAUACAACACCAGUAAAUACACCAAGCCUGGGAAAGUGUUGGAACUGAAGGCGUGUGAAAAUAACCUAAACUCAGUGCUGCUUAGAUGGAAGCAACCUGAUGGAGGAUUCACGGGUUUCGUUGGGAAGGCUACGUAUGGCAAUAAAUGCACAGUUGCCUCUGCCAGCAGCAAGUAA